GAGAGCCAGCGGAGCCAUGGUGUCAUGGAUCAUCUCCAGGCUAGUGGUGCUUAUAUUUGGCACUCUUUACCCAGCAUAUUAUUCUUACAAAGCCGUGAAAUCAAAGGACAUCAAAGAAUAUGUCAAAUGGAUGAUGUACUGGAUAAUAUUUGCGCUCUUCACGACAGCAGAGACGUUCACGGAUAUCUUUCUUUGUUGGUUUCCAUUCUACUAUGAACUCAAAAUAGCUUUUGUAGCUUGGCUGCUAUCUCCAUACACUAAAGGCUCCAGCCUCUUGUACAGGAAAUUUGUUCACCCAACUCUAUCUUCAAAAGAAAAGGAGAUCGAUGACUGCCUCGUCCAGGCGAAAGACCGGAGCUACGAUGCCCUCGUGCACUUUGGGAAGCGGGGCCUGAACGUCGCGGCCACAGCAGCUGUCAUGGCAGCUUCCAAGGUCUCUCAACUACUUCAUUUACACUUGUAUUUGGACCAGAAAAAAGGGCAGGGACAGGGGGCCCUGUCUGAGAGACUAAGGAGCUUUAGCAUGCAGGAUCUCUCAACAAUUCGUGGUGACAGCAGCAGCACUGUUCCUCCUUCGGUCACUGUACGAACAAGUAGCAAACAGAGCCAGCCAAAAACAUCCAGAAGUGCAUCGGAAGGCACUGGCAGCUCAGUGUGCACGUGUUGCUCAGUAUGCCGACUCCUCAGAGAUGUGAACGAUAAAUAUGAAAAGCCACGUGAGGCAAACUGUGAAAUGAAAGACUCUGUGUUCUCAGAUGAUGAAGAGAACGAUUUAUUGGAUAGUGCAUCCAUGAACAAAAGGCCUAAAAAGAAGGAUCAACCCCUUGAGGCACCGCCUAGGACCCUUAGACCUCGCAUCAGGAAGAAAAGUACCUCGUCCUCUGCCACUGAAACAAUGUGAGUGCAAUGAGCCAAUAGCACCAAGAUCCACAGAAUGUCUCUCUUCUGCCUUAAAGAGCUACUCGUUAAUAAUGUAGGAAACAGCAGUGGGAUGGAUGUGCUUUGAUGUACAGCGUUGUAGACAUGGCCUUCCUCGCUCCUGUCUCUGUACCCUGUUCCAAGCUUCUCGCGUUUGUCAGCAACAUGGUUAGGACAGUCUGACAGACACCUGCAGAUGAAGAGUUCUUGUUUUGUUUGCAGUGUAUCCCCACUCACGCUAAUCCUGUAAGGCUGUACAUUUACAAUUCUCAUUGUGUCUGCAUAGCUCUAGCUCUGUGAAUGCACAGCAACAACAAAAAUAAUCAGUUGCUCGUGAUGAUACUCGACAGUGUAUUUAUUUAUCAUUAAAGAAGUGGAUUUGCAGAAGCCAUGGAUUUCUCUUGCCUCUCUUCCUCCUCAAGCCUGUGAAUGAUGUAACAAAUGCCUGAGUGCUUUAGCUGUUUGAAAAUGUCCAAGACUUAUUAGGAAAAGCUGAGCUGUAAUGCUGUUUCUGCAAGUGGAUCAAAUGUAUUCUGAUUAAAUCAUUGUGCUAAAAGGACACAGAGACAGAACUUAGGAUGAGGAAGAGAUGUGCAAGAGAAAAUGAUUGGUUUCAACAAUGUAAUGAAAGGGGAGUCUUAAAUUUUGAUCAUCCUGAGCCAGGAGAAUAUUGUGUGGAAAAUGAUGGCGGCUACAAAACUGGAUCGUAUCGCUUGUGGCAAAUGUUCUACUGGCAGUUCUGAAGUAUGAGCAAGGCAGUCGUGUAGUAGCUGCAGCAGCACAUCAGAAUUGCUUUAGUGACUUGCUUCCAGGGGAAAAUGAACCGUUCUCCCCUAACAAUACCAGUCCCAGCGUUCUGCUUUCCUGGUGUGGUGCUGGAGUUUUCCUUACACGAGCAGAGCAGGACGCUGGGGCUCAGCUGCUUUUUGAGGCCUGGAGUUUUGCCUGUAGCAUGGAGUUUGGUUAGAAUCACGAGAACCAGGUGGAGUGUUGUAUUUGUAUCCGUAUAUAAAUGAGAGAUAUAAAAGAAGAGGAAGAUGUUGUAGGGUUUGUGUAUUUGUGCUUCAAGUUGGUGUCUCUUGUAAGUGUUAAGCAUGUGAAAUUCACACAUAAGUUAAUUACGUGGCCCUUUGUGUUUGCUCUUGGACCUAUCUCAUAGAGUAGAAAACCAUUUAGCAUUACAUACAUGGAACAUGCCCUCACUGAUGAGUGACGGGCCGGAACCCGAGUAGUACGAUUCACCUAGCUGAGGUGCAGCAGCCUGGGAUGCCAGUAGCCGGUUGGAGUGUAUCAGGCUCAGAGAUAAAUCUGAAGUGGCCUUUAAAACCUUUUCUCUGCCAGAUAUGCAUCAGCAGCCUAGCUGUCCCUGCCUGAUGCAUCCUCGAGGUCUCCCCAGAGCUUCCUAUGCAUGUGGGGAAGAGAGAAAUAACCCAUGUGUGCACACUGAUGUUUAUCCGACCUGGCUAGGAAGUGGAAAAAGCAAGCAGGUAUUUCCUGAGUCUGCCACGAUGUUUGGCCCCAUUAUCUGAGAACUGUGUUUCCUUUACUCGUGCUAAUUCAAUUGUAUUUUCCAAUGGGUAAGAAAGAAGAAGCCUUCAGAAAAUACAUUGAAAAGAAGCAAAUAUUAAUAGCAGUUACAGAAGAGUCAGUCCUUAUAAGAUACUCAGCAAAUGCUUGGAGGAGCUAAGCUUGUGUGUUUUAUUUUGAAGCAGCUUUAAAGUUUGUUUGAUUUAUUUUGGCAAAUAUUAAAAAGAAAUAGCAAAACUGCCUGCAGUGUUAGCAGAAAUGAGAUCCUGUUGCAAGCAAGCUGUGUUUCCCUGCUAUGCAAUAGGUUGCCAUAAGAGAAAAAGCUGACAAGUUUGCACUCAAUUAUGCCAAAAAACCCCCACGAAACAUAGAGCCACAUAACAGCUGAUAAAUUUUAUUCUCAGACAUGCUGUAUUAACAUUGAUUCUCACUAAAAUUAUUAAAUGUGUCUAAUCUGCUGUUUUACUGUAAACUUGACUGUUUGGAUUUUCUUAAGUGCUGAGGUGAAAUUGUUGACAAGGGAGUUGCCUUAUAUCUCUCCAAACAUUCAGUGUAUAAAUGAGAAAAAUAAACCUUUUCAUAUCUCUGGCAAAAAUGUAUUAAUUUAUCAACGGAGCUGUAUAUUUGUGUAUAGAUAGACAAGAAAUGUGAAUGCUGACCCACGUCCACUUUGUGCUGUAGUGUUCUGUGUACAGAAGAGAACGGUCAUUUGCUUUUGAUUCCUCGUUUUCCACACACAGGUUGUUUACAGGUGUUGCCCCAAUUCUGUCAUUUCACCCUGCGGCUAUUUGCAUUUAUUUAAAAUAAACAUCAGACGUGAAGUCUUUUGUUGCACUUUUUCUCUGCCACGGGAACGAGCUGAUUCAGCAAGCCGCCUUCCUGCACUGAUGCUGACCCCUCGUGGCAAAGGGUUUGCAGAACGUGAUCAGAGGACUCACAGACGGUGGCUUCUUCAGCGCAUAGGGAUGGGAAGCAAUUCUUCUCUUCCUCCCAGCUCAGGCUCAGGGCUGCAGCCCGGCUAACAGCUUGCAGAUUGCUUCUCCUAAAAGCAAGCCACCUUGCAGCCAAGAUCUUCAAGAUCUGGGAUUCCCCAGCUUAAGAGAAGUACGGAUAUAGGGACCUGUCAGGCAGCAGGCUCCACCAGCAGUCCUGCAGGCUGGCAGACACCUCCUGACUUAGCAGAGAUGGGCUGGAGAAUGUAACCCUGAAGAGAAUAGAAUGGAAUAGUUCAGUUGGAAGGGACCCACAAAUACCAUCAAUCCAACUGCCUGACCUCUGCAGGCUACCCAAAAGUUAACGCGUGGCAUCAAGAGCAUUAUCCAAAUGCCUCUUGAAUGCUGGCAGGCUUGGGGUAUCAGCCACCCCUUGAGGAAGCUAAAGUUCCUUUAUCUGACUUCUCAUGGUACAGAAAUGUUUCCCAGUGCCCAGCCCUGGCAUAGCUCUGUGCCAUUCCUCUUCUGCCACCAGUUCCCAGGAAGGAGCAGAGCCCAGCACCUCGCUCUGCUUCUCCUCCCCAGGGCGCUGCAGGGAGCACUGAGGUCACCUCUCAGCCUCUUCUCCAAGGCUCGACACCCCCAGUGCCCUCAGUCUCCUCACAAGAUGUGCCUCCAGCCCUGCUACCAGCUUUGGUGCCUCCUCUGAAUGCUUCCAAGUGCUUUAACAUCCUUUCUGUGCUGUGCAGGCCAGAACUGCAAGCAAUAUUCAAGAUGAGGCUGCACCAAAGCUAAAUACAGGAGGAGAAUCACCUCUCUUGACCUGCUGGCUGUGUUCUGUUUAAUGCAUCCCAAAAUACAUUCAGCUCUUGGCUGCACGCUGCUGGCUUGUGCUGAGCCUGCUUCAAAUAGGUCAGCCCUAGAAAAUACAGCUUUUAACCAGCACAAGGAACAUGCAUUACUUUAAGUUGAUGCUGAAAGGAAGGAAACUGCAUCUGGUCUGUGGUAAAUGAGUCUGUAAGUUCACCAAGUGCACCAUAAACACACCUCAGUUAUGAACACAGUAAGUUCAGAGCAGCUCAGUGCAGUCCCCAUGCCUUCAUUCUUGCUGUUGUGGCCAGUGUCAGUGCAGUCAGUGCUCAGCAAUCACUGAAUCAGGAUCACAUCAGCUAGAAAGACUUCAUGUAUCACCACCAGUCGCCUUGCAAUAAUCCCACACUAAUCUAAAUUGUGUAAAUGCAAACCCAGCACAGCCAGAAAAGGAAAAUCAGGUUAUUUAUUCUUAAUGAGGAGAAAGCUGCUUGGGGAGAUCCAACACCCCCUAGCCUCAUGUAAACAACCUGCUGCCUCUGACUGCUCUCUGAAGUGCUCUCACGUAGCGAUGAAACCCCUGUACUUGUGACAGUGCUCGUUAAUCACUUUAGUGAUUAGUCGCCUUUUGGUGUUCGUUUUGGGUACCUGUUAUGCACCUGGCACUGUACUUGAAAUAGAGAACACCGUGUUGGGAGUUGUGUUAUACAGACUAUUUAAGGAUCAUCACUGUGCACCUCACGUGAUUCCUUUCCUGUGAUCAGUAGAAGAGAUGGGAUGAAAUGAUAGAUGCGAUGCCUCACAAGAAUGACAAGAGUAUUGCAGAGGUGGAUGUUUUGCUGGUUUUGUUAUACUGCUUGAUAUAUAUCUUGAAUAAAGUCUUAAUCUUUUCUUUAAGAAAAAUCAAAACAACUUUAGUCUGUUCAAUGUAUCUGGCAGGCCAGAAUCAUUCCUUUGAUUGCUGUAUUAUUUUUAAUCUCACUUUUGGCUGUGUAUAUAGAUGUACUCACUAAGUGCUGCAUGUCCUUCACAACUUUUCUGUAUGAUGAACUGGAAAAAAUACAGCUACUGAACACUCUGA